AUGACAGUAUCCCCCAACCCUGCCGAACAGGCGUAUCUCGACUUGUGCGAGAGGAUCAUAUACGAAGGGGAACAUCGUCCCGACAGGACGGGCACCGGAACAAAGUCGCUCUUUGCACCACCGCAGUUGAGAUUUGAUUUAUCCAACGACACGUUCCCACUCCUCACCACGAAACGCGUCUUUUCCAAAGGCAUCAUACAUGAGCUACUCUGGUUCAUUGCAGGGUCUACUGAUGCAAAGAUAUUGAGUGACAAGGGGGUGAAGAUAUGGGAAGGCAACGGCUCCCGCGAGUUUCUAGAUACACUCGGGUUGACCCAUCGUCGUGAAGGUGAUUUGGGGCCCGUUUAUGGUUUCCAAUGGAGACAUUUUGGAGCAGAGUAUCGGGAUUGCGAAACCGACUACACUGGCCAGGGCUAUGACCAGCUCCAAGAUGUAAUUAAAAAAUUGAAAACUAAUCCUUAUGACCGCAGAAUCAUCAUGUCUGCUUGGAACCCUCCGGAUUUCCCCAAGAUGGCACUUCCUCCUUGCCAUGUCUUUUGUCAGUUUUACGUGAACUUCCCACAGUCGGCAAGCGCAACCGGUUCUGGCCCAGGUACUGGUAGACCUAAAUUGUCCUGCUUGUUAUAUCAGAGAUCGUGUGACAUGGGGCUAGGUGUGCCUUUCAACAUUGCCUCAUAUGCGUUACUUACAAAGAUGAUUGCACACGUUGUGGACAUGGACUGUGGCGAGUUCAUCCACACGUUGGGCGAUGCGCACGUAUACUUGGACCACGUUGACGCAUUGAAGGAACAGUUUGAAAGAGUGCCGAAACAGUUUCCCAAAUUGGUGAUUAAGGAAGAUCGGAAAGGUGCAAUAAAGAACAUAGACGAUUUCAAGUUUGAAGAUUUUGAAAUUGUGGGAUACGAGCCAUAUCCAGCUAUUAAAAUGAAAAUGAGUGUGUAG